ACGGUGCUUGCCGCUUGUGCCGCGGGAGCUCCAACGUCGUUUGACAUUUCCCCGGCAAUCUCGGCCCAGAGAACCUCUCGUACCACGCGCUCUUUAUCUUCCUUUCUUUCUAUCUUUGGCUUUCUUUCUUACUCUCGUGCAGUCGCCGAUGAUGCAGUGAGACCGCCGGGCGCGCAGAUCGGUCCCGUGUGCUACCACCGUCGCAAUCGCGUUGCGACAAAACCGUCCAGAAUUCGACGAAAUAAUUGACUAAGUUCUUUAUACGUGUCUCGGAUUUCGCAUUUUCGAGGCGAAAGCUUGCUAAGAAAAUAACAAUUUUCCGAUGCAAUUACUAAAUUGUGAUAUUUACGUGUGACUCCAGGCGGGGGAUUCGAAUUGUGAGGAUUUUUAACGAUGAUCGUUCUGUCGCUGUUAUUCCGAAAGUAAAAUUUUACGCCUUUCUGUGAUCUUUGUUUUUUCACUUCGAUGAACUAUGACGGAUAAGUGCGAAUCGAAAAAGUGCGGGGAUACCGAGCGGAUUUCACAACGUUUGGGAUUAAACGUGGCUCGGCCAAAGUGCUUUACGAUUUAAUAACAUCGAGGCGAAACGUGCCGGAGAACUUUACACAAUUUCUUGCUAAAAGCCCGUUUUCUCGCACGGUUUUCGAUCAGUGAACAAAAGUUACGAUGGAUUACUUUUAAAGUGAAGUGCGAGCGUGUUGCGAAUCGUCGCAGCGUUCGAUCGUUGUUUCAUUCUCGUUGACAAACUUUCUUUACCACGAUUUUUGGUUUCCUCCGGUUUUGUUAUGGUGUCGUGAACUCGAGGGGAUUUCUUGCCAAAAGUUCCAUCAAGGAGUUUAAAUCGCGAGCGCCGCUCUCCGAAGGUUCCGUCCUCCGACGGUGGUGGACUUUGUACUUUGGACUCUGGCACCGUCCGAUUUUCUCACUCUUUUCCUUACGCUGUAUGCACUCGACGAACAGAGUCGUUCGGAAGUGAUAAAAAAGCGAGAAUACGCGCGGGUGUAAAACUUUUGUGAAAUGGAUGGUAGACCAAAGAAAAUCGAAGGAUUAUCGAUAUAUGGAUGCCCAUGGUUGGAAUUUGGCCGAGAUGUGCCAGCGUUACCAUCACGCCGGUGUACCUUCAGCCCAAAACUCAUCGCCAGUUAGGGAACAAACGGCUGUUAUCGUGCAAGGACUUACAACAGCAGCCUCGCACCUCGAACAGCAAGCCACUUCCGCCUACUCUCAUUACACAAUGCUCGAUAGUUAUGAAAGGGGCGAAGUGACACCACCACCUGUAAGUAGUUACGGAGGCUCGCCCGGGCUCCUGGCGCUUCAUUCGUCGCUCUAUGCAACCCCGACUUCCAGAGCGUUCGAUAUCGAUUCAGGUAUCGAUGGGAACGAAGGUUCGAUGUCCAUGGACACCCAAAUGAUUCCGAUACCGGGAAUGCUGAGCGGUAACGCCCAACAACGACUCGAGGACAUGUCAUGGUUGGCCUCGGCACCACCGAUCGACUAUCAGCAAGGAUUAUCGUCGAUACCCGGUGGUGUUAAAAUGUGUCAUCCCGGUAGCUCCGCUCAGCGGAGCCUCAAGGAGCAACGCAUACGGAGACCCAUGAACGCGUUCAUGGUGUGGGCAAAGGUCGAGAGAAAGAAAUUGGCCGACGAGAAUCCCGAUCUCCACAAUGCCGAUCUCAGCAAGAUGCUCGGAAAAAAAUGGCGAGGUCUCACCCCCCAGGACCGAAGACCGUACGUCGAGGAAGCCGAAAGACUCAGGGUCAUUCAUAUGCAGGAACAUCCGAACUACAAGUACCGUCCCCGGCGUAGAAAACACGCGAAAAGGGCACCCGGAGCUCCGUCAUCUCCACCCUCGGCUACCAACACAACUGGGAAUCGUACGAAUCCUGGUGGAACGCCGAUUCAUCAUUCGAUACCGAAGAUGGAUAGUUAUCAAGGAAUACCGCAGAUACCGUGGGGCGGACACUCGCCCAUUUCCUCGAUUUAUCAUCAGCAACAGCAGCAAACCAUCCAGGAUUACAAAUCGGAGAAUAAUUCGAUUUACGGUAGUCCCUACACGCCGAUUAUCCACACGCCUGAUAUAUCACCUGUUGCCAGUCCCGAGCCUGAAGGUGAGGGAACGCAUCUUCCAGCGUCGCAGAACCCCGAUCCUGAGAGAGAUCUGAUGGAGGGUGCGUCGAAACGACACAACGAAAUGGUCGAGCAAUCGAAGCGUUACUCAUACAUGAAUUCAGACAGUCAACACGUGCACAGUGCUCAUUCGGGCGUUACGAGCAUAUCGUCGUGCCAAAACACCGGUGGUUACACGGACACGCUGACGUACAAAAAAUCGGUGAGCUAUUUGAACUUUGAGAGGCAAACUUCGAGCAUCGCAGCAGUUGGCAUAGCAAAUGGAAUGAUGGUAUCGUGCAACAAGCUUCGUUCAGGUUUCGAGAACGUUGGUUCAGUCACUGGAACGUUUUAUCCACCUGUGGCUUCGCCCCACGAUCAAACUGUUCAUUAUAGUAACUCUACGAGCAACAAAAAUCCAAAUUAUUCGAUGCAAUCGAGCCUCGAGUCAAAUUACAGUCAUCAGGUUCAAUGUGGCAAUCGACAGCAAUCGAUGUCGAUUCGAGGUGCGAACGAAGGAUGCCCUGCAGUUUCGCACAGAUAUCCAAUGCCUCAUCACCAGGAAUAUCAAUCAGAGCCGAGCUCUGGACAGCAGCAAGUAGUAAUGAGUCACAUGGACUCCGGGAUGACCGAGGAGGAACAAGAGCAAUCGUUGCAAUUUGAGAAAUAUUACAAAUACUCAAAUCCAGCGAGUGUCGGACACUCGAGUCUUGCGACUCAGAAUAUACUCGAUAGUAAUCACAAUUAUGCAAGUGAUUUGCGUUAUUACACCUCGCAACCGAGUCAGCUUGAUAUGACGAACAGUCAGUGCAUCGUCGACGAACAUCAGGCCAAGGAUAAUCAAUGCUCCAAUGCUUCGAUGAAUCACAGUAUGGAGCAGUAUCAUCAGAGCAUAGACAUGAGCAAGUAUCAGGAACAUCAUCAGCAUCAUCAACAACAGCAGCAGCAGCAGCAGCAGCAGCAACAACAACAGCAGCAACAACAGCAGCAACAACAACAGCAACAGCAACAGCAACAACAACAGUUGCAAUCACAGUCUCAGGCGACUCAGAACAUCGAACAAGUGUCAAAAAGUGACGACGACUUCAGUGUGAUACUCGCAGACGUUCGUAAAACGUGCUACAGUAGUUAGUAUUUUUAUCUCAUUAAAAAAUUUCUUUGUUUUUUUUCCAAUUUUCAUUAAUGCAAUGAACAUUUUCGAAAGGUUUUUGAUCUCGAAUCAUUGUAAUGGAGCUUUGGAAUCGAGGAGGUUGGUCACUUUAACUCAACUCAUUUUUUCUGAUUUUUGAAUGGUUUUUCCUUGACAGAUUUGAUUUGAAAAUCCUCUAUUCAAAGGAUUUUGGUUGCAGUGACCAACUUUUUGAGUGGCUCAGAAAUGAAAAACGUGAAAAUUUGUUACUUUCGAUUCGUUGCUUCUUUUCUCCAAGAGUUGAUUCUGUGUGAAAGCUUUUCUCCGAAAUAAUGAAUGAUAUUCUUGCUGAAAAUAUUAAUAUUCAAUGGAGCAAAGCAAUCUUUAAAAACGAGCCUUCGUCCGGAGAGGACAGGAAUAAAAAUUCAAGAUUAUUUUGUAAUUGACGUGUCGUCAUUCGGAAUAAUUUCAUUACUCAACUCACGAAUACCCCUGAAAAAAUAAAUUAUCGUUGUAUAAAAUAUGCUGAAGGAGGAACAAUCAAAUGUCUCCAUCGCACAAUCCCCGCACACGUUACUUACGAUGCUUUUCUAUAAAUUUUCAAAUUAUUUACGCCCCAAAAAGGGUGCUCGGAUAAUUUAUUAGUUUCUUUAUCAAUUCGCAACUGGACUAAUACUGUGGCUGCAUCGAAUUGGAUUGAUGAACGCUGUGAAGCUACAAAAAUAAAGUCAAAAAAUCCAAAAAAAAAUCUUCAAUAAUCUCGUCGCAAUGUACUUAUCGGAAAUACGAGAAAAAUGAAAAACCGUUUAUGCGGGAGAAACGGUUGAGCGUUUUCCGUUCGGACGUCAAUCGUUGGCAAAUUAUGCUUGUAAAUAAAAUAAACGUACGGCACGAAUUUUAUUCGUGAUUCGUAGACGAAGUUUACCCGAGAAGAAGGAACGACUGAUGAGAGAGAAACUGGUAGUCAAACCUGACAAUAAACUUUCCGUGCUUUUUAUUUUAAUAUUAUGAUUGGUGCCGAACCAGGGUAGAGUGAUUUUUUAAUCUACGAAUCUCAUGAUCACUUUCGAACGUCACGCGUGAUCGAUUUUUGUAAAAUCGUAAUUUCUAAGGAAAAAAAUAGCCUCGUCGUCGUUGGGGCACGAAAAAAUGGAAGAGUUUUUUUUGUUCGUUAGGAAAAUAGGAUCGUCACACGAUUAUUAUCGACAGGUACGUCGUUGAAUUUUACUAUGUAUUUACAAGAAAUAAAUAAAUAUUUUCACCAAA